GGCGGCCCGAUGGUUCAUGGCUGUCUAAUCGGGAAGAACUUGGUGAGGCAGUCUUGGAUUACUUUUCGGUUUUGUUCAAAGAACAAGAGAGGACACAACCACUUGCUAUUCGAGGCGAAUUCCGACAGGUGUCGGCAGAACAGAACGAGUUACUCUUACGGGCUAUCAGUCCGGAGGAGGUUAGGCGGGCUGUUUUUGAUAUGCACCCGGAAAAGGCUCCAGGCUCAGAUGGAAUGAACCCCGCUUUUUUUUUCAGGCUUACUGGGAGGUGCUUGGACCGGAUAUAUCUGCCUUAUGUGCGUUGAUGUUUGAGACAGGUAAUCUGGCAGAUCAUGUUAAUACUACUAAUAUUGUGUUAAUCCCUAAAGUGGAGAAACCAG